CACAGAUGCGCGCGGCUGUAAGAAAGCCAUGUCAAUCUGCACCCGUUCAACAGUCUAGAUGUAUUACUUCUAAACAAAAUAGCUUUUUUGGCUUCUCAUACUCUUACAAUUGUGUUUUGAUUCUUGCUUGAACAGUCGCUAAGAUUAUAUUUGGUUAUGAUCUUGGCAAAAUAACUAUUUUGGAUGCAGCAGUUGUUAGCUAGAAUGCUAACGCUCAUUGCUAGGCUGUAGCAAAGGCUAGCUGAAGAGCAAUUUUAUUGGUUGAAGUGUUUUUUUAAGUAUAAUGCGCUCAAUUUCUGAUGAUGACCCACACAUUAUAUUAAGCAGGACAUUUAAUACGAGCCUUAAAAUCCAAAAUAAGUGUGAAAUGCACUCAUAUGCAACAUGUAAAUAGAUGCUUUUUUUUGCUGGCGUUCUAUAAGAACUCCCCCCUGUUUUCCCACCAAUUUGCGCUUAUCGCCCUCGUGCGGCAAUGUUUGCAAACACAGAAAGGGGUCUGUACUAUAAUGUUUUUCAUCAAUGCGUGCAGGACCAAAAUGGAGGAAAUGUCGAAGUGCUAUCACUUGUUAAAGCACGAGCCACUCUAGCCAAACGAUAUCCCCGCGCGUCCUCGUGGCUUGCAAUAUAAUUGGCUAACUACCAAACCUUCCUGCAGGACCAUGAGGGACGAGGUCUGAUCCAGGCUCAAUGAAACAGAAAAUAGACUCCAAUGACACUUGACUGCUUUGCAAGACAAGCAGUUAUUCUGUCAUGUUAGUUCAAUAACACCUGCGUUUUAUUAGCCAUGACUAUGAGAUCAACUUUGUUUGCUAAUGCAGGAUUUAAGCUGGACACAGAGAAACUCGACUUUGACAAAUCACAAGUGGGAACUGCAAACGUCGUGAAUUCCAUAACCAUCAAGAGAGAAUCCUGUGACUUUGUCAUUGAUGUACAUGGGGCAAUCCACAAGACUGGAGGGGAGCUCCUCAGCAAAACAAAGCUCCUAGACCAGAAUUACAUCAUUCGGACCCCAGUGGCUGCUCAAAAUAAAGCGGAAGGGGCACUGGUUCAAGGCGACAAUUGGGGAAGCACAGGGGUGCUGUCAUCUUCCGUCAGACAAAUGGGGGGUGAGGGAAUCCCAAUUAAAGGUAAACUCAUUCUGAGUGACAGUAUGGAUAACACAGAGUUGGUUUCAAACAAUAACUCCAAGGAUGCUGGUACUGAUGAGAGCACCAGAGGGGUCUCCCCUGGAGGAGUUGUCAACACUGCAUCCAUUGAGCUCAGCACAGAGGGCAAGUGGAGGAACAUCAGGAAAACCCCUGCUAACCCCCACACACAGGCCACCUGCCUCCAGCAGAUUCUCCUGCUUCAGCUGGACUUGAUUGAACAACAGCAACAACAGCUGCAGUCCAAGGACAAGGCGAUAGAUGAGCUGAAAGCAGACAAGGAGACGUUGCUGGCGCGUAUUGAGCGUAUGGAGCGCCGUUUGCAGCUGACGAGGAAAGACCCACGUGAUAAGCGCCUAUUUCAGCCGCUAGAGCCCUGGACCCCAGAUAAAGAGGACCUGUGGGAUCUAGAAGUGGGUGACAGCCCCCAGACUCCCACCCCUAGGUCACUCCCCUUCAGCCGAGGAGACAAAGGCCUCAAAAGGAAAUUUUGCUUCCUGGACUCCAAAAUCCAGAAGUCACGAGGGGGCAAAGGCUCCAAGUUCGCCCCCUCUAAGUCAGAGUGUGGAGCUGGCUCUCCCCAUCAGAGGGAGCUGCGCAAUAAAGAGACCCCGGAGAAGACCGGGUUUGGUCGGUCAGCGGUAGGGGGUACUCUGCAAUCGAGCAAUGAGGACCCGGAGCUCACCGCUCGAAUGGAGGAGCUCCCUUUCAUGUCGACUACUGAGAUGUACCUGUGUCGUUGGCAUCAGCCUCCCCCCUCCCCCCAGCGUGAGCCAUCCCCAUCCCCAAAGAAAGAGGAGGUUGUGGCCAUCCCCUCUUGGAGGGAAAACAUUAUGGAGCCCUUGGAUGAGGAAGCUGCCAGUGUCAUCCCAGAGAUGUUGGACGACAGUGUCUUUUUGAAGCGCCAUGCAAAGCUGGAGUUGGAUGAGAAGAGGAGAAAACGAUGGGACAUUCAGCGUAUCCGCGAGCAGCGCAUGUUUCAGCGUCUGCAGCAGCGCAUGAACAAGAAGAAGGGGAUCCAGGAAAGUGAGCCAGAGGUCUCGUCGUUUUACCCGGACACUGAAGAUGUCGAGUCCAUAAUCAUCACCCCUUUCCUGCCUGUGGUGGCCUUUGGCCGGCCAUUGCCGAAGCUCACUCAACAGAACUUUGACCUGCCUUGGCUUGACGAGCGAAGCCGCUGCCGCAUUGAGGUGCCCAAGAAACACACACCACACCGAACCUGUCGGAAGUGAGGUGGUAUCUGCGUGUGUCAUGCAAGAGAGAGAGCGCACCCUUCCUUUCCCAGAUGUGAAAAGUUUCAUUUUGUGGGUUUAGGCCGUCAGUGGUGUAGCAGGCACCUCUCAGUAGUCUGUGGAAAAGUAAACCACUGUCUUCCCGUGUGGUUACUUGCCAGCUGGCCUGGAGACGGAGCUGCUGGAGAUAAAGAAAAUGGCUACCAAAUUGGUUAGCUAUGGUAAAUUUGGUGCCCAAUCUACUCAAAAGGAAUGAAAUGCUGCCCCCCCCCCCUUAGAUAACAGACCCCCCUACUAACAACUUCGUGAUUAUAAGGUAAAACACAACUGUUACUUAAUGUCUGUAGUAAGUAACUAUUUAGUAAUAAGCAUGUUCUGUGAAGCAAACCUGGGGAGCACAAACAUUUCCCAAAUGUUUUGGAAUUCGGUGUAAUGUAAUACUUAAUUACUGCAUCAUCACUAAAAUGUGUAACUUUUGAUUAUUACUACAUUGUUACAUAGUUGUCAACCUGACUUAACUUGGGGACUGUGAUCUAAAGGGUAAGAGAAGUGAUAUUUUCCGAUUUGACUGAAUGUCAGUGCUUGAAUUGUACAAUAUGCACAUUGCUACAACUAACCCUGUAUGCUGGAAGCUCCAUUGGCAUUUACAUGCUCUGUGUUUUGCUUAGAUUGAAACUGAACUAUUUUCCCUGUCUGUGUAUUAACUGUAAUAAUAUUUCCUUUUGUGGACACCGCUUCAAGCGAAAGGUUUUAUUAUUGUGCACUAAAGUGUGGAUAUAUGUUUGAUCCUCACUCUGCAUGUAUGUUUAAUCACAAAUGCAGUAAAUAUGAGAAAUGUCCUCUUCUGAUGCUAAAAUGAUUGACCAUACUUUGCAUCAUGAAGAGAAGUUGGUUGUUUAAAGGAGUACUUCUUGGCAGAAAAAAGUCAAAUUAAUUUGAGAACCAUGGGUCUUCUACAGUAUGCUUAUCAUGCGAGUCUGCAUGGUCUUUUUUGAGGUGACAACUCUUCCAAGCCGAUAUCAACUAUCAGCAUGGUAGAUCUGUAAAUGAAACAUUUCCGCUGAGUACAAUUCCGAGAAGAGUAAUAUCUGAUUUAAUUUCGUAAGCAUGACUCUGGCUGCAUUAUUCAUAAAGCACUGCUUUGUUUAGACAACUGCCUUGUUUCUAGAACAUUCUCUGUGAGGAAUUUGCUCGUGUUUUUCAUUUUAGGAUGUUUUUUCCCCCAUGACAUCACAAAUUGCAGUAGACAACUGAGAUGGAUAUCAGUUUGGAAAACAUGGGUUGGCAUUAGAGUAGCCUAAUCAGCUAGAGUGCUCAAACUUAAUGCUGGGUAUUUACCUUCUCUUAAAUGCUAGCUAUAUCUAACGAUAUUGGCAUCGAGCACCUGGCGAUGUUAGGCUUGUGUUCUGUCAUGUGUUAUCGCGUCAACAUUUUUACUUCUGGCUCGAUGGCUUCCUGGCUCUCCGACGCUACAGACCACACAAUACAGGCUGGUUUUGAAAUAAUGCGAAAUUGUUCUUCUGUACAUAGCUUUCAGGAACAAAUGUUGUAAAUAUGAAAUACAUGGCUUAUUUUUGUAUUAUUUAAAUAUUUGUGUUGAGUACAUUCAAUAUUGUUCUAUGAUAAUUGAUUGUAUGUUGACAAAAUAAUUUACAAAAGUUUGUUUUGGAAUAAAAAUAAAAAUUGA